AUACCUUCCCUCCCUAAUUUAACCGAAAAAGCAAAACCCUCAUCUGUUUUUCCCUCUUUCUCGACAGACACUUGUGAAUCCAAUACUUCAAUUCUUCUCUAGAUUUAACCACAUAAUUUAUCUCCGUUUCAUCAAAUCUAAUCUGGGCUUCUUUUUUAUACCUAAUUUUUCUUUGAAAUUUUGAUAUUGAUCUGAAAUUGAAGUCAAAUUUUGAAGAAAAGAAAAAAGAAUGUUAAGUGUUGGUGGUGGGAAUCAAAAUAAAGAAGAUGGGGUUAAAAAACCAUAUAAUUUAGCUAAUAAAGGAGUAGUAGGAGCAGGAACAGGAGGAGGGGUUACGAGAUCCUGGGGUACUACAGUUUCAGGAGGUCAAUCGAUUUCAAAUAGCAAUGGAAGCGGUGGCUCUCCUCCUUCUAGUAGAAGUGAACCACCAGUUGUGGCGGUUCCUUCAACUGAUAAAAAUAAUACUAACACUUUUUCUAGAUUACAUCAUCUCGAUAUUAAUAAUAAUGGAGGUGAAGAUGCUGGAUCUCCGGAUACCACUGUUGGCAAGAAGAAGAAGAGAGGUCAAAGGGCAGCAGGAGGUGAUAAGAACGGUCGGGGACUUCGCCAGUUUAGUAUGAAAGUUUGUGAGAAAGUUGAAAGCAAGGGAAGAACAACAUACAAUGAGGUUGCAGAUGAACUUGUUGCCGAAUUCUCAGAUCCUACCAAUAUUCUUGGGUCUCCGGACCAGCAACAAUAUGAUGAGAAGAAUAUACGGAGGAGGGUUUAUGAUGCAUUGAAUGUUCUUAUGGCAAUGGAUAUUAUAUCCAAAGACAAAAAGGAAAUACAGUGGAAGGGUCUGCCUCGCACUACCGUGCAUGAUGUAGAAGAGCUUAAGGCUGAACGUGCUGGGCUUAGAAGCAGGAUAGAAAAGAAAGCUGCAUAUUUGCAAGAACUAGAGGAGCAAUUCGUAGGUCUUCAGAAUCUGAUACAGAGAAAUGAGCAGUUAUGUGCUUCUGGAAACGGCAUUACAGGCGGUGUGUCUUUACCUUUUAUUCUGGUUCAGACGCGCCCACAUGCAACUGUCGAGGUGGAAAUAUCAGAAGAUAUGCAGCUGGUGCAUUUUGACUUCAACAGCACCCCUUUUGAGCUGCAUGAUGACAAUUACGUUCUCAAGUCGAUGAACUUAUGUGGAAGACCUGAGAGCGAUGAUGCAAAUUGUGAUGUCGUUGAAACUGGAGGUGGUGAGGGUUGUAUGAUGGUUGAUGUGGACCAACCUGCCACUCCACAUAUCUUGAUACCAAAUGCCGUGGGUACUAGUAGUAGUACUAGAGGACCAACUUCACCCCCUCUUCCUGGAAUUCUUAAAGCGCGUGUUAAGCACGAGCACUGAUCCAUAUGCAACAGGUUAUUUAUUUCAAUAGGCCAAAAUUUCUUCUCUUGUAUAAUGUGUAAAGUAGUUGGCCAGAGGAGGAAUGCAGCUUCAACCCACUGUUCUCAUCUCAUUAGCUCGGGGACCUCCUUUGGAAGAAAUUUAGCCCUUGCUUUCAUAAGGAGGACUUAGGACGGGGAUAGUGUUUUCUAGUGAUAUGUCUGACCUAAUCAUCCGAUACAGAUGCAGUUAACCAGAUCAUCCAAUACAGACACAAUUGUGCGUUAUACUAUUUUUCUUCUCUAUUCUUAUUGCUAUUGCUGCAGUUUAUUAUAAACAGAGAAAUGAAGCCAUGUAGUUAACCAGAUCAAUACAAAUAUGAAUAUGAUUUCAGUCC